CUCGUUUCACUGAGACUCCACACUCGGCUCUGAAGAUUUCUUAAACAUGUCGGACCCGGUGCUCGUUGAGCCUCAGGACGCUGCUGCCUCUGAGCCGCCUCCUGCUGCUCCUCAAUUCUCCAUCCAGACCUCCCCAAGUCCUGAUCCUAAUCCUGAUCUGAAUCCUGGUCCAGAUCCUGAUCCAAAUCCCUAUUUAGGUCCCGCUCCAAGUCCUGGUUUUAGACCGGAUUUUCUUGUAGUCCAGCCUGAAGUCCAGCCUGAAGUCCAGCCUGAAGAGCCUCCUCCGUACUCCACAGUGACCCCUGGUGUCUACCCCUCGCAGAAACCCGGCGAGCCGUUUCCAUACGAGACCUUCCCAGAGUCCGGACUAAACCCAGAGGUCUGUUCUGUAGAGGCGACUGUCACAACAUCUGCUUUUGAAGACAAGACCAUACGGAGGGCUUUUGUCAGGAAGGUCUUCAGUCUCGUGUUCCUGCAGCUGCUCUUCACCUUCUGUGUGGUUUGCAUCUUCACGUUCUCGUCGACCGUGAAGGAGCUGGUCCAGUCGAGUAUCUGGGUUUACGUCUCGGCCUACAUCGUUUUCGCCGUGGUCGUGGUGCCGCUGAGUCUCUGCACGUCCCUGAGCCGACGACACCCAUGGAACCUCAUCGCUCUGGUGGUGGUGACCGUGAGUUUGUCGUACAUGGUGGGGACGAUCGCCUCGUACCACGACACCAUGACGGUGAUUAUGGCCAUGGGAGCCACGCUGACCAUUUCUCUGGGCAUCAUCGCCUUCGCCACACAGAGCCGUUAUGACUUCACCCUGUGCUACGUCCUCCUCCUCAUCCUCGGUCUGGACCUGCUCAUGUUUGUGGUUUUCUCCUCGUUUUAUUAUUCUCACAUGGCUGAUGUUGGAUAUGGAUCUCUGGGGGCGCUGCUCUUUUCUCUGUUCCUGAUGGCUGAUGUCCAGAUGAUGACCGGUUCUAUGUCUCACCGUGUGAGUCCAGAGGAUUAUGUGACUGCAGCUCUGAUCAUUUAUCUGGACAUUGUCCUGAUCUUCCUCUACCUGCUCGGACGAAGAUGAGAACGCUCCUCUACACCUCCUCUACACCUUCUCCUCACCUCCUCACC